CGAUAGUUUUACACGUUGUAGAGAAGAAUUCUCAGGGGUUGGGUGAAAUCUUUUACUUUUGUGCAAACCUUGGGCCCAAGACAAUUCACUUGGCACCACUUAGAAAUUAGGGAAACUAGGAUGAAUAGAGGGAGAGGUGGUUUUGGUGGUAGAGGAAGAGGCAGGGGAGGAGGGUUUGGUGGAAGAGGUGGGGGACGUGGUGGAGGCCGAGGUGGUGGGAGAGGAGGAUUUGAUUUUGGUCCACCAGAGGAGGUGAAAGAAUUUGGGUACUUUUCUCAUCCAUGUCAAGAUGACCUUGUUUGUAAAGCAGCUAUAGAUGAUGUUCCAUAUUUCAAUGCACCUAUCUAUCUUGAAAACAAACAGCAGAUUGGCAAAGUUGAUGAAAUAUUUGGCUCAAUAAAAGACUAUUACGUUUCAGUUAAACUCACAGAAGACAUCAAAGCAAGUUCAUUUUCCAAAAAUCAAAAAGUUUACAUUGACCCUGCUCGGCUGCUCCCCCUACAGAGGUUUCUCCCUAAACCACCUGGAGCACCGAAUAAAGUUCAGAAGAGAGGAGGGGGAAGAGGUGGAGGUGGUAGAGGAGGACGUGGAGGAUUUGGUGGGAGAGGAGGAAGAGGAGGUUUUGGUGACCAUAGAGGACGAGGAGGUGGUGGAAGAGGACGUGGAGGGAGAGGGGGAUUUGGUGAUCGUGGAGGGAGAGGGGGAUUUGGUGAUCGUGGAGGGAGAGGGGGAUUUGGUGAUCGUGGAGGGAGAGGGGGAUUUGGUGAUCGAGGAGGGGAGGAGGAUUUGGUGAUCGAGGAGGAAGAGGAGGAUUUGGUGAUCGAGGAGGGAGAGGAGGACGUGGUGAUUUGGUGGUGGUAAUGGCACUGGACUUAACCAAAGAAAGUCUUUUGGUGACUAAUGUAUUUGAAUUUACAUUUUAUAACUCCUUUACUUUGUACAAAUGUUUUAGUAAAACGAAUGUGUUUGUUGGUUA